AUGUCAUUGAAAGGAGGGACAUGAACCCAGUUGCUGAUUGGUUUCCUGUGCUCAUCACGAGGUUGCAGAGACCAGAAGGGAGAGCAGGAAUCGGGAUCAAGAAAGUGUCGGGAAGAGAACAGGAAAAUGAGCUGCCCAGUGAGUUUGUGCGGAGUCGACGAACAGCUGUUGGAAAAGAUUAAAAAAUUCCGUUUUCGCAAAGAGACAACAAAUGCGGCCCUCGUCAUGAAGAUCGAUCGUGAGCAACAGAUGGUGAUACUGGAUGAAGAGCAUGAGGAUAUUUCUCCAGAAGAACUCCAGAAUGAACUACCUGACCAACAACCUAGAUAUGUAGUUUAUAGCUACAGAUACAAACACAGUGAUGGAAGGAUUUCCUAUCCAAUGUGCUUUAUAUUCUUCAGUCCUGUGGGAUGCAAGCCAGAACAGCAGAUGAUCUAUGCUGGUAGCAAAAUUGGACUGGUGAAGGUAGCAGAUUUUAGCAAGGUGUUUGAAAUUCGAAAUACAGAAGAUUUCACUGAAGAGUGGCUUUGCAAAAAACUUGGAUUUUUCCAUUAGCAAAAUGUGACAGUAUUGCAUUUUACUUUAUGAAUUAAUAACAUGAGCUCAAAUUUCAAAUAUACAUAUAAACUGGAAAAUUAAAUGACUUUUAUACUCUUCGUUCCAAGCUGUAUCAGAUUUAAGCACUGUGAAAAUGUUGAAUGCGGUUGUCCAAGAAAAUGAACUUAUCAAGCAUUGAACCUUUUUCUGUUUGUGGCGUAAACCAGCAAAGUUAGACAAGACAUGGGGUCUUGUAUAUUAUUUUAUUACUUUUGGCUUGAUUAUGUGCGUGCAAAUUUCAUAACUGCUGGUUUGAUUUGGUUCAUUUCAAAACUUGAAGAAUAUUGAAAAGCCUGCUAUGUAAACGUACCCCCCUAAAUUGAUUAAUUGUAUUGGUUUCACUGUAAGCCCUUAACUUUUUGUGCAUUUACCUUUUGUGGCUUUUCUCCAUCACCACCCAUUUUCCAUAGUUUUUGUAUUCCCUUAUAUGACUUCACAAGACUUUUUAUAACCAGCAGUUAUCCUAACAGUUUCUCCUGUUGUUUUUAAAAAGAUUGAAAUGUUUGAGCAAAGUGACAAAACACAAUCUAAACCCACCUGGUGUUUCACUGCACUGUAGUAAAGCAUUAAAAGUCCCUCAAAAUGACCAUGGCCGGUGCCUCUGUCAGUGUCUAGUGAUUUAAUAUUUGAGGGAAAUUUAAGGUGCUUCUCCCAACAAAAGUCCCAUUCAGCAUUGCGAACAAAUUAAUUUUCCCAGAGAAGAAUGAAAGGUAUUUGUGUCUGCUUCUGGAACUUAAUUAUGAAAGUAAAGUGUUUGCUGUAUUGCCAAUUGGUUUUCUCUUAAAGGAGCACUUUAAAAAAAAAAAGACAAUUUGUUUAAGAUUAUAAUCCCUUCUGGAACACAUCUCCAAUUCUUAUUAGCAUGUUUUAAAAUGUUAAAUUUAGUCAAAUUCUACUGAAUGGAAAAUAAUAGUUGCAAGAAUAAAUGUUUUCAGUGGAUGUUUAGUUCAUGUUUGAGACCAUCACCGGUCAUAUUCCUGUUGAUAUAUGUUCUAAAGAUGUUACUAAAUGUUCACCUUUUUAACUUAACAUUCUGCUCCUUCUGUUAUCUGAUGAAUACAAUUUAAAAAGAUUGUCUACAUUAGGGUACUAGUAUUGAUUUAAUCUCUUGUUUGAGUUUCAGAUAAUUCUAGUUGCAUCUUGAUUUGAAUAAUUUGUAAUUGGUUAAUUGGGUUUUGUUUUUACAAUGAAAUCUUAAAUUCCAUUUGUUAUAUGCAGCGUAAAUUAUAAAGUUUAUGCUUUCAGUGCUUGAGUUGAUUAGGCAUGUGCCUGUACCUCAUGUAUUGCAAUAGCAAUUGUUAUGAUGCUAUGGCAUGCUUCCCAUGGAAGCUGCAAAUAUAAUUUCAUUAUAUUUGGUUAAAAGCAAUUUGGAGACUUGCAAAAAUGUUCAAACUACAAUUAACAUCUGAAUCUUGGCAAGUAACUUUCACACAAUCUCUUUCUUACUUUUUUCUAAUGAGUAUUCCAAAAUGCACACAGCUGAAAAAUGUAUGCCUUGUUCUAAAUCCACACUGGCGAUUUUAACACUUGUGGUGCUGUUUUUAUUUUGCACAGCAUAUUUUUAAGAUACUUUUUUUGAUACACCUGAUGCAUUUUGUCGUUGCAUGACUAAUUCAUAACAUAUGAAAAUAGAAUUAAUGACUGCUCACUCCUUGCAAUGCUUUCCUAAAACUAAUACUCAAACUAUUGUUAAAUGUCGAAUGCACUUGCAUGAUGGCCUUUUAUAUUGUAGCAAAUUUGAGCAUUUUUCAUUGAUUAAUCAUAUUAGUUAUCCAUUCAUGCCUUUAUUGCAUCAGGAUUUUGCCAUGGUAAUGUAACCUGCCACCUCUAUGAAAUUAGGUUUGUAGAACUCUGCAAGCCCUAUCCCAAUUCUCUUAAAGUACCAUUCACAGCUGACCUAUAUUGGCUUCCAAUAUAGCAACACUACAAUAUUACAAUUAUCUUCCUUGUUUUAAAAA